ACAUGCUCCUAUUGGCUGACUUCUCAUAGAGGGCGGAGCCUCUAGAAAACAGUUUGUGCGGGCUUUCUGGAGCUCAACACAGCACUCUGCAAAAGAGGAUCUACCUCCGGAUAUUUGGAAGGGUAAAGGGCGAUGACCACACCUGCGGGCUCCGGCGCCGGCUUAGGCUCUGUGUCCUGGUGGGGUCUGUCCCCAGCGCUAGACCUACAGGCUGAAAGUCCUCCCGUGGACCCAGAGUCACAGGCAGCGACAGAGCACAAGAUCCCGGAGUUGGAUGCCCUGCUGUUAGGCUCUGUGGAUGGGCGACACGUGCUGCGGACGCUAUCCAGGGCGGCUCUCUGGCCUCUCAGGAGGUUCAAUUUUUAUGUGCUGGAGAAUAAUCUAGAAGCUGUGGCACGACACAUGCUGAUCUUCAGCCUAGCCCUAGAGGAUCCCGAGAAGAUGGGGCUUCAAGAGCGGAGUGAGACCUUCCUGGAGCUGUGGGGGAACGCGCUGCUGCGACCCUCAGUAGCUGCCUUCGUGCGCGACCAGGCUAGCCGCCUGUCUCAUCUAGUCCCUGAACCUGAUCGCCUGGAGGAGCAACUACCCUGGCUCAGCCUCCGGCCGCUCAAGUUCCGCGAGCGGGAUGCCCUGGAGGCCGUGUUCCGCUUCUGGUCAGGAGGGGAGAAGGGACCCGAGGUGUUUCCCAUGAGUCGCCUUUGGGACUCGAGGCUGCGCCACUACCUGGGUUCCCGCUACGAUGCCCGGCGUGGUGUUGCAGACUGGGACCUGCGCAUGAAGCUGCAUGAUCGAGGGGCCCAAGUCAUCCACAUCCAGGAAUUCCGACGCUGGAGGGACACAGGUGUUGCGUUUGAACUUAGAGACUCAAGUGCCUACCACGUGCCCAACAGGACCCUGGCGUCGGGUCGCCUCCUGAGCCACCGUGGGGAACGCGUGGCAGCGCGCGGGUACUGGGGGGAUAUCGCCACGGGCCCCUUUGUAGCUUUUGGCAUCGAGGCAGACGACCAGAGCCUCUUACGGACGAGUAACGGACAACCGGUCAAGACUGCAAGCGAGAUCACGCAGCACAAUGUUACAGAGCUGUUCAGAGAAGUGGCCGCCUGGAGGGGCCCGAGAGCCAUCCAGGAGUACCUGGAGUCGCCCGAGCCGGAUGCGCCUACUCGAGAACCCUUUACUAUGCACUUUCUGUCCCUCGAGUCUUCGCAGACUCUCCACCAUAAGACCUGCUACAAGGGCCGGUUCCAACUGCUCUAUGUGUCCUGUGGGAUGGUCCAUCUUCUCAGCCCUGAGCUUGGGGCUUGCGUGGCCCCUGGAGGAAACCUGGUUGUGGAAUUAGCUCGGUACUUGGUGGACCUGCGGCCCAAGGAGUUGAAGGCGUUUUCUGACCGUGUUGAGGAGAUAGCGCGGGCAGCUGGGUUCGCCCCUCAUACAGGGGCCACCCCCUCGGAGACCUUUCUGCGCUUUUACAAGUUAGGGAACUCUACUAUGGGUAGUGGAGACUCAGCUGUGGAAUCUGCAUUGGUGCCCUGUAAAGUCCCAGCCCCUCCUCUAGAAGCGAUAAACCCACUCCAGGCUGACCUUGUCCCUCCUCUAGAAGCGAUGAGCCCACCCCAGGCUGACCUUGUCCCUCCUCUAGAAGUGAUGAGCCCACCCCAGGCUGACCAGGCUUCUCCUCUAGAAGUGAUGAGCCCACCCCAGGCUGACCACACUUCUCCUCUAGAAGCGACGAGCCCACCCCAGGCUGACCAGGCUUCUCCUCUAGAAGUGAUGAGCCCACCCCAGGCUGACCACACUUCUCCUCUAGAAGCGAUGAGCCCACCCCAGGCUGACCAGGCUUCUCCUCUAGAAGUGAUUAGCUCACCCCAAGCUGAUCAGGCCCCUUCUCUAGAAGCGAAGAGCCCACCCCAGGCUGACCUUGUCCCUCCUCUAGAAGCCAUGAGCCCACCCUAGGCUGACCAUGCCCCUCCUCUAGAAGAGAUGGGCCCACCCCAGGUGUUUACCUGGCCACUCCUCUAGAAGCAAUCAGCUUGACCCAGGCUGACCUGGCCCCUCCUCCGGAAGUGAUAAACCCAGCCAUGGCUAUAUCCACAGUGAAUACACCUCCCAAACCCAGGAACUAAGCGGUCCCCCUUUAACCACUGAAGCAGGCCCAGGACUGACACCGGCUCGUAUAAGCCGCCCUCGGCCGUCGCUGGCUGGAAUGCUGUUUUACUCUAGGUUCUUUCUCAACCCCAGUGAUAGGACGAGAAUUUUAGAUUCCUUUCCCGAACCACUCAGCUCUAUGAUUAGGGUGGUGGUGGCCCUAGAUUGUUCUCUGAGGUAUCCUGAGGCUGAUCCCUGGCUGGGCGCACCACCCUGAGUUCCAGGUCUUCUCCUUUGCCUUGGGCCUGUCUCUCCUGACAUGCUACUGUUGGGAAGGAUGAGGACACCGCCCCCCCCCCCCCGCAAUGUGGUUCAAAUAAAG